AUGUCUCAGGAGCGGAAGCGCUCAACGUCGCGCACAAGGGUCUCGCGCCCGACAACGCCUCUGCGGCCCUCAUCUCGCUCCUCCUUUCGCGACUCGGCCAGGGCGAGCACCAGCGGCGGGCCCUCAUUCCCCCUCAACGCCUUCGAGCCCGCCUUUGCUGAGCUGUCUGACGCCAUGUCCGACCUCGAGGCCAACAUGAUGCAUUUCCAGCUCAUGCAUGAGAGCCUGGCCCGCUUCAGCGAGAGCUUCGCCAGCUUCAUGUACGGCCUCAACAUGAAUGCAUUCUGUGUCGAUUUCCCAGAGGGACCCAUACCAGAGUCGUUCCGGAGGGCAAUGCAGCAAGAGGAGCAGGCAACAACACAAAUACCCGACACGAAGCCAGGGGACCUCGAGGGCGAAACCACAUUUAUGACCACAGAUACGUCCUUCGUCGACAACCCGUCUUCGACGAGGACAGCAGCUCCCAAGUUCCAGACCCCUGCGCCAAAGACGAGGACAUCACGCGUGCCUGCGCCGUCCACACGCGGCGGCAGUCAGUCCCGAGGAGCCCGCGGUGGCACACGUGGUACGCGGCCUAGCAGGCUUGCGGCGCCAAGGGCCAGAGGCAUCAGAUGA